AUGUCAGCUUCAGCCUCGUCCGCGAGCCCAGGCCAGUGGGCCAAGGUGGUCAAAGUGACCGUCAAUCUCACGAAGAAAGAAGGCGUGUCGGACCAAGAGUUCUCGCGCUACUAUGCUCAGACGCACGGUGCUCUCGCUGCUCCUGUGCUUCUCAGGCACAACUGCAUCUCCUAUAGUCAGUUCCAUUGCAUGAGCGACAAGGCCAAAGACCCGAUCAUGUCCAUCUUCGGUCCAGACGUGCUCGACCCACAGAAUGCGGUGCAGAUUGCCCAAGUCGAUGGUUGCUCCACUUUUCUCUUUGCCAGCCUCGACGACGCACGCAGCUUCUUCCAUGAUCCAGAGACAGCGACCGUCCUUGCCGCGGAUUCGACCAACUUCACCAACCCAGCCACCGUCCACUUUUCCAUCGGGGACGAAUACGUGGUGAUCAAGGAUGGCAAGAUUCUCGACGCCUGA